AUGAUGUCAGCGUUAAGUCAUCAAGUGAAUAUGAACAACUUUUUAUCGCUGCUAGUGGGUGCCUCUUUAGUUGCGGCUAAUUCAUCUCCGAGCCAUGAUGUAGGCUCUCUAUCACAGCCGACCGAGUUCAGUAACGGAGUGUCGUCGUUUGCUUUGCCGGCAGAGGAGCGAAUGGCUUUCGAGACCUCCACAUUGGCAUACCUGAACUACAGUUACAUGGGGCCUGAUGGACAGUUAGUUGAGCUUGGUAACGAGAGUGCGAAAUAUGGCGAAGGACGAAUUCUCAAUCGGAGUGGAAUUUUGGUGCACGUCAGCAAUAGCGUGAAUCGUUCCGAUCACACAGGCUGUUACAAACAUUGGAGCGGUACACUCGGAGAAUCAAUCCCGGAUCGUAGCAUACCCUGGAUUGCGCUUGUACGACGUGGUGGUUGUAACUUUGAAGACAAAGUCAAACAUGCAUUCGAGCACGGUGCUGCAGGCGUCAUUAUCUAUAACGACAAAGGCGAUAUUAAGCUGGAUAAGAUGAAGAUCAACGAUAAAGAGCGCAACAUCACUGCAGUCUUCACCUCAAAAGCAAUGGGACUUGAAUUGAUCGAAAUUUUAGAAGUACACAAGUAUGAUGUGCAUAUGCGAAUAAUUGAAGGAUCUCGUCAGUUCGUCACAUUAGGAAACAUAAACAAAACAUCGGUCCUGUUUGUGUCAAUUUCAUUUAUUGUGCUGAUGAUAAUUUCGCUGGUUUGGUUGGUAUUUUACUACGUUCAGCGAUUCCGGUAUCUACAAACCAAAGACAAACAAUCUAAACGACUCUGCAGCGUUGCAAAACGUAUAAUCGCCAAAAUUCCAACUAAAAGUAUUAAAUCAGAUGACAAGGAAAUCGAUAACGAUUGCUGUGCCAUCUGCAUCGAACCGUAUAAAGUAACUGAUGUUAUACGUGUUCUACCGUGCAAGCAUGAGUUCCAUAAGGUCUGCAUAGAUCCUUGGCUUCUUGAGCAUCGGACCUGCCCAAUGUGCAAAAUGGACAUUCUCAAACAUUAUGGCUUUGUGUUCACGGGUAGUCAAGAAAGUAUUCUUCAAUUAGACAUGGACAUGGAGGAAGGAGAUCUUAUUGACGAUAGAAGCAGCACCGAUGGAGGGUAUCAAAGGCGUAACAGCGUCAGCCCUUUGCCACAGAUAAGGGCAUCGGAUGAAAAUCAGAUGUCACGCAGUUCCUCAGAUUCCGAUUCUGAACGUGAACACGGAAACUGUGUAACACCGCAUUCGUCAGGACGGCGUUCGGCACAAGGCCGAACUAAUCGUGAGAUUCAACGGCAGCAUGACAAUUUACAGCAGGACGGAGAUAUUUGUGUGGGAUGUCUCGCUGCAGCCUUAAAUAAGAAACAGAAAAACAACGAUAACACUAUUGUUCAAGAAGACGGGGACAGUGACUCUUACGCCACAGAAGAAAAUGGAUCAAAAAGCCUUCCAGCAACAUUGAAGAAAUAUAAGGGAAACCAUUCGACUGGAUCGUGCCGCGGAAUGAACCCUCCAGACCACUAUCACCCGUAUCCUUACAACGAUAAGCGGGCCAGUCGAGUUUAUCAAAACCACCAACCGCAAAAUUCUGCCUCUGAAGAGCACAGUUCACAACCGUCAUCUAAUCUUCCAUUUAAGUUUUACAAAACUGAAUGCGGACAACCACGUAAAGUCCGUACCCCGCUUCGCAAUGUAAUUCCUCAAUCGAUUUCGGCGCCCUGUGAUACUGACAGCUCACUGUGUGUAUGCAUUCACGGUGGGGUUGAGCAGAAUUUAUCCGAUACUUCAACUUCCAAUGGUGGUACACUUCACGCAAAUGUAGAAUCUGAGGAACUACCUGAACUGCAUAUUGUGCAGCGGCCGAUCGAUGCUAAGCGACGCUGCUCGCUGUCACGCAAAUCAUCAUGCUCUUCGGCUGAUCGUAACGAUGUGGUGACAUGCGAAGAUCUGAAAAUUGCCAUAGACUACUCUAACGAAGAGGAUGUUUCAGAUGAAACGGAACCAAACAGUGAUAAUGAUCUGAUCAUCAGACGAUCAGAGCGGGGCGACGAAAAAGAAACGCGGAAAAAGUGA